AUGCGACCCGCAGACUCCGAGGAGUCCUGCGCCCUCGGCCAGCUGUGUCUGCUGCUGCUGCUGCUGCUGCUGCUGCUACUGCUCCCGCCGCCACCUGCGCACAGAACCUGCGCCACCGACCCCGCGCCGGGCGCCCCCCGCGCCCCCAGCCUGAGCCAGCGUGCCCGGGCUCUGAUGCGGGCCUUCCCGCUGGUGGACGGUCACAACGACCUGCCUCAGCUUUUGGCCCAGUUUUCCCCCAACAGCAUACAGGCCGUGAAUCUGGGGAAUCUCAGCUGGAACCAGACCAGCUUGGACCAGCUGAGGGAUGGCCUCGUGGGCGCUCAGUUCUGGGCAGCCCAUGCCCCGUGCCAGACCCAGGACCAGGAUGCCGUGCGCAUUACCUUGGAGCAGAUUGACCUCAUCCACCGCUUGUGCGCCGCCUACCCUGAGCUGGAGCUUGUGACCACAGCUGCAGGUCUGAACAACACUCGGAAGCUGGCCUGUCUCAUUGGCGUGGAGGGCGGUCACUCAUUAGACAGCAGCCUCUCUGUGCUUCGGAGUUUCUACCUGCUGGGCGUGCGCUACCUGACACUCACCUCCACCUGCAGCACACCCUGGGCAGAGAGUGUCGCCAAAUUUAAACACAACUUCUACAUCAACAUCAGCGGGUUGACCAGCUUUGGUGAGAAGGUGGUGAGGCAAAUGAACCUCCUGGGCAUGAUGGUGGACUUAUCCUAUGGAUCGGACGCUUUGGUGCGGCGGGUCCUGGAGGUGUCGCAGGCUCCCGUCAUCUUCUCCCACUCAGCCGCCAGGGCUGUGUGCAACUACAUGCUGAAUGUCCCUGAUGACACGCUACAGCUUCUGAAGAAGAACGGCGGUGUCGUGAUGGUAACACUGUCCAUGGGGGUCCUGCAGUGCAACCUGCUAGCCAAUGUGUCCACUGUGGCAGAUCACUUCGAUCACAUCAGGGAAGUCAUUGGAUCUGAGUUCAUCGGGAUUAGUGGAAAUUAUGAUGGGUCUGGCCGGUUUCCUCAAGGGCUGGAGGAUGUAUCUACCUACCCGGUGCUGAUAGAAGAACUGCUGAGACGGGGCUGGAGUGAGGAGGAGCUCCGGGGUGUCCUUCGCGGCAACCUACUGAGGGUCUUCCGGCAAGUGGAACAGGUGAGAGAGGACAACCGUGGGCAGAACCCUGUGGAGGACGAGUUUCCCGACAGGCUUCUGGACUUGUCCUGCCACUCCUACCACCUGCCUCCGUCCCGGGACGAGCGUUACCUAGGGUUGAACAGGUGGCCAACCAGUCAGAGCCUCCAGACAUCCUUCAGAGCCUCCCCGCCUCUCCUCCCAGCCCUGCUGGCUGCUUCCACCUUCCCAAUCCUCAUCCUGUGGCUCUGGUGACCUGGCCCACACGUCACCUUGGCCAUCACAGACUCCCCAAAAGGUUUCCCUCCCAGGAACCAGGCACAAGCAAAA